UCACAUUUGUUUUUGACAGUGAGCAACAUCAUAGCCUAAGCUACAAGUGGAUAAUGUUUUUGUUUCAGUGGUUUGAGUAACAGUUGUAAAACUGCGUGGCUUUCGGUAAUAGUAGCGGUGAAGUGUUUCAUACACAUGAUAAACCCCCAAGGCUUUUUACGUCGAGCUACAAUUUUGACUGCUGUUAACGUUCACGUUACCCUGCUGGUGGUGGAUUGGACCGGUUGCACAUCUAAUUUAACAUUAACGCUGGAUACUUUACAAAGCACUGGGUUACAGACAUGCACCCCCCAUCUCGACAGGACUAUAUAUCUAUAAGCUUUGCUGGACAAGGAAGUGGAAGUUACAAUAACAGCAAGCAGUGGAGAAGGCAGUCGUGCUGGAGGAAAUGGAAGCAACUGUCCAGGUUGCAGCGGAGCCUUAUCCUCGUCCUCCUGUUUAUUUGUGGAAUUGCUUCCUAUCCUGCUGUUACUGAACAACUCAGAGGACUUACAGAUGGACACCCAGACACAGAAAGACCUGUGCUGCCUGAGGCUGUCAAACAGGACCAACCACCACUGCCAGAACCAACCUCCCAGAGGAAAUUAUCUAAUAAGAGAGGACCGCCCGUUCUUGAGAAUCGUCAGAAGAAGGAAUCUGCUUUAAAUACAGUGGUUGAGGACAAGGCUUCUGACGGCAAGAAAGAAGGGGAGGAGGAGGAGGAGGGCGUCAUCAACUGGCGUGGGGCAGUGAUCAACGCUGAUCAGGCCUCAGAAGGCACCAAGAAUGGGGAAAAUAAGGAGGGAUCACCUGCCAACCAAAAAGUCCAAUUAUCAGUCGAGUCAGUAGCUAACUGGCGCAAAGCGGUGCAAGAAGCUUUCAGACAUGCAUGGAAGGGUUAUAAAGACUUUGCUUGGGGCCACGAUGAGCUCCGGCCUCUUUCCAAGUCCUACAGCGAGUGGUUUGGCCUGGGUUUGACACUUAUCGAUGCCCUGGAUACUAUGUGGAUCCUGGGGCUUAAAGAAGAAUUUGAAGAAGCAAAAACAUGGGUGGCCGCAGAGCUUACUUUCAACAAGAAUGUAGAUGUCAACCUAUUUGAAAGCACCAUCCGCAUCCUGGGAGGCCUUCUGAGUACCUACCAUUUGACUGGAGACACCCUGUUCCUAGACAAAGCUAAAGAUAUCGGCUCAAGGCUGAUGCCAGCCUUCAACACCCCGUCCAAGAUCCCCUACUCUGAUGUGAACAUCGGGAAAGGCACAGCCCACCCUCCUCGUUGGACUUCAGAUAGCACUGUGGCGGAGGUUACAAGCAUCCAGCUGGAGUUUAGAGAGCUCACUCGCCUCACCCAGGAACCACAGUACCAGGCUGCGGUGGCUGAGGUUAUGAAACAGGUCCACAAACUGGAUGGUAAGCUGGAUGGUCUCGUGCCCAUGUUUAUCAACACAAACAAUGGGCAGUUCACCCAUCAAGGCAUCUACACACUGGGAGCCAGAGCAGACAGCUACUAUGAAUAUCUACUGAAGCAGUGGAUCCAGGGAGGCAAGAAGGAGAACGAGCUCUUGGAGGACUACCUGCAGGCAAUAGAGGGUGUAAAGAAGAACCUGUUGCAAAGGUCUUCACCUAAUGGCCUUACCUUUGUUGGAGAGCUUUCACAUGGACAGUUCAGCCCUAAAAUGGACCAUCUAGUGUGUUUUCUGCCGGGCACGCUUGCUCUUGGGGCACACAACGGCCUGCCUGCUGAUCACAUGGAUCUGGCCAAACAGCUGAUGGAGACCUGCUACCAGAUGUACAUUCAAAUGGAGACAGGCCUCAGUCCAGAGAUUGUCCACUUCAACAUGCAUCAAGGCAGCACCCGGGACAUCGAAGUAAAGCUCGCAGACAGGCACAACCUCCUUCGACCAGAGACGGUGGAAAGUCUCUUCUACCUGUACAGGUUCACCAAGGACCAAAAGUACCGGGAGUGGGGCUGGAAGAUUCUCCAAAACUUUAACAAGUACACCAAGGUUUCCUCCGGUGGCUACACCUCCAUCAAUAACGUCCGUGACCCGGACUACCCAAGCCCCCGAGACAAGAUGGAGAGCUUCUUUCUGGGAGAGACCCUGAAAUAUCUGUACCUCCUCUUCUCAGACGAUCCCAACCUCAUCAGCCUAGACCAGUAUGUCUUCAACACUGAAGCUCAUCCACUGCCUAUAUGGCCCUCCACCGAAUGACACACGCACACACACACAGGACUUCAAAUGACAGAUGCAAAACUGCAUUUAUAAACACAAACAUCUCAGGGUUGGUCUAACACCAAGAUAAUAUCUAUGUCUUUUGUCUCUGAAUGUUGUCAAAACCACAACCACCCUGAACACAGACCACAAAUGGAAAAGAUUCCUUUUUACAGAUCGAAUUAGUGAUUUGCUGUGUUUAUAUAUGCUAUUUAUUCUGGAGAAGCAGUGGAAGGUUUGUGCCCUCCUGACCAGCCAUCAGCAUUGAAGACAAACCUGAUUGUGACUUGAAUCAAAGGUGUCUUAAUCGCGUUACCGUGAUGGGAAGAAGCGUUAGGUUGGACUGAAACUGGUGUUUGGGAGCUGAAACUGAUAUUUUCAGUUUCAGACUGCUCAUGGUUUAUACUUUGCACAUUCUCUUUCUAACAAAAAUUAUCAAAGAAAAAAUCCUUUUUUUAACCCUUGCAUUACAUCCUUAUUAAAGUGGAAACAGUUUUUUAAGCCAUUAUGAAGCAAAGCCUGUAUCUGCUGGGGGCUGAUGUCUUACUGAACAGUGCUGGGAGAGACAGCAGGCUGGUUGCUUCUUUAGCAUCCAGCCACCAGCUGUCUGAACUGAAGCCACUCCCUGCCUACUGCACCUACAACUGUUGCAGCUACAAAAGAAGCUCAAUUCCUAAUCACACUGUGUGUAAUAUAGUCAUUAAGUGCUCUGGCUAGAACAUUCCUCAGAUGUCUGCCAUCCUUUGCUUGAAAACAGGAAAUAAAGCCAAACCUCCUAACGGGGCUUGAGCUUGCCCUCGGUCCAUGUAUUUGCUGUCCCAUGCUGUAUUCAUGCCACACAGGAAAUGUGACUUAAGAAAAUGUACGAUGUCAUGAUAAAUAGAUUUGGUCCAUAUUGCCUUCUCCUUAUUUCUGCUUUGCUCCUGUCUUUCUCAUUGCAUUGCUUUAAUUGAAAACUUGAAAAUAUGUGAUUAAUAAACUCACGAUCCUACAGAAAACUGAAGUCUGGCAAAUACGAUCUUCAGAAUUUUCCUGUUAUUUCCAUGACAUGAAUGCAGCAUCACUCUCUACUCAGUACCAACUUUGGUCUGAUUCCAGUUGUUGCCAAGCAGCAGAUUAAUUUAUGAACCUCGGAGCUUUUGUUUUAUGUUAACAGCAAUGGGUUGUUGGCAUCAAUGUUAAAAACAAAUUGUGCUGAGCAGCUGCACUUUUCGCUGAUGUUCCAUUUUUUUCUUCUUUUGUCAUUAUCCUUGUUAAGGUAAUGUUUGUCUUUCAAGUGAGAGAAAUGGUGAUAUUUUAAAUAUGAAUGUAGCAUACUGUAUUGAUUUGUAGUGUAUAUUGAAAGGUGUAAUUGCAGCUAUGUUAAUACAAUAGCUCUUUGUGCAUUUUUGUAGUAGUAGCAGCUUCUGAUAAGCUUGCAGUCAUUCCUGUAAAUGUUACUAGUUUACAUUGUAACUGUAUUUGUUGAUUUCAAGAACUUUAUGAAUUUGUAUUGAGACCAAACUAAUUUGUAUAUUCUGUGUAAUUUUUUUGGUAGUGUUGUAUGGUUCCCUUGGUGUUCCACAUGUGCCUUCAAUGUUGCUUCAUACAACAUUUAAAAGACAACUGUUAACUGGCUGUAAAUGUCCAUUUCUAUACAUUCAAGCUAUUUCUUGUACAUACUUUGCUGGUCUGGUACAGUAUAUGGUCCACUGCAAAUAUGACAAAUUUUUACAAUGAAACAAUAAGGAUUUAUAUUUUUCCAGCAGUCCUUCAAAGCAAUCAUUAGUUUAGAUAAUGCUAAUCUCUACCAGUGUGUAUUUAAAUCCUGCCUUCAAGGGCUCUGAGUGACUUCUUUCCUGGAUGUAUUUCAGCAUCAUUCCUGAGCCAAAGAUAUGCUGAAAAUAUAAUCGACCCUGGUGGUUGAUUUUGUUUGGGGUUGUAACGAUGAAAAGCCAUUUCUCAAAAGCCACUGCUUUUGGGAAAAACUGACAAAGGAGUUAUUUUUAGUGCUUUUGAAAGCAAUUUUACCAGUGUGGGUUUUAAAGUCUUGAGUUAUUCACUACUAUUUUAGUUGCAUCCACCAAGCAGAAUUCUUUUAAUAGAAGGGUGCACACAUCACAAUACAGUCAUUAUCUAGAUUUCUUUUUUUAAUUUGAAACAUUCAAAAUGAAUUGUCACAUGGUGCAUAAUAAAUGCUGGAUCAGCUUUAAUUUUGUAAAAAAUUAGAAAUUAAAGAUUUUAUUGAACAGAAACUGAAUAUUUGUGUUUAU